AUGGCGUUCUCAUAUUCGUUACUGCUACUGACGUGCGUCAACUUAGCAUUUGCAGCACUGUACGGCAAUGAUACCAUAUCUGCUGUCAAUGCGACGCACAUAACCAAUACCACGAUCAGCAGCAGCAGCUCCUCGGCAAACACUUCCACCUCAUCUUUGACACCGUCUUUGUCAACUUCACAUAGCGAGUCAUCUUCCUUGACGCUCACGUUGGCUACGUCUGCUCCCGGAGGCUCAUCAUUUACAGGUCUUCCGCGUCCAGACCUGCCAUCUGUAAACAGCUCGGCUACGGUCCAGCACAGCUCUUCUUCACAAAAUGCGUCGGUAUUACGAACAGCGUUCCUGACCGCCGAAGUCGCAGGAAAUGCCACGGCAUUUCAAAGUUCACUUGUCUCCGCGCAAUCAUCUGGACAGAGUCUGUCGAGUACUUUACGCGGCCUGGGCAACACCACGGCCUCUUUGCACAAUAGCUCGAGCAUUACUGGAGCUUCGACCAGAUCAGCAUCAUCUGGUUCCCCAGCCUACAUCAACUCGACCGCCACCAAGGCCUCAAAUGCAUCGUUACCAGCCAUCAGCAGUGGAAGCGCUUACGCCAGUCAAUGUAACGCCAAGUUGAUUGGUUGGUCUAGCAGUUCACAGUCUGCACCUGUUGUCAGCUACUCCACGAUCUCCACGUGGACAUAUACCAACUGGUCUGCCGUGAUCACCACCCUGGCAGGCUGCGAUACUCAUGCACGACUGGAUGGGUCGUAUACACCGAUUGCAUCCGCUAGCACCACAGUAGCCUAUAUGGACUAUACACAGACUGGAAUACUAGCGAAACCAUCUUGUAGUAUCAAUCCAUCUGACUGCGAGAAUCUCUCCGUCGCCUCCUCGGCAUACUCCUCGUCAUACAAUGCUGCACUCACACAAGGCCAGCUGACUCUCAUUCUGGCCUCUCAGGCGACCGCAUUCACAAUACAAGACAAUACCACGACCAUCGUCACCACGUAUGGCAGCACAGCUAUGACUCCGCCUCCUGUCAUCACAUUCCAGGGGAAAGCAUAUACUGGAUCAGCGUACAGCAGGUAUGACAAUGCAGGGUCGGACACUGUCUAUCGUAUAUCUGCUAUCGCCCAGCCAUUGUUCCAGACAAAUCUCAAGGACGGCUCCUCUGUGGUUUCAAACCGAGAUUUUGGUUUCCCUUACCGCGACAUCCCAAAGCCACAAUGCACCCGAGCGGCGAACGGAACUGGGUGCGGUGCCUGCACGAUUCAUGGCGGAGAGGUCCAGUUGCUCUACUUCCCUGUGCCGACAACCGCCUCCCGUAACAUGUGUGCCACUAAGAUCGGCGCACCAACGACUUGUCCACUGGGUCCGACUACAGCACCUUACGUGCCGGGAUCAAUUUAUGCUCCUCCAGGGAUGGCUAGAGGGAUUUGUACGAAUUACAUCAAUUGUCCGUACCUGCUCGGCAACGCAACGAAGACGACUGAUAGCGGACCUUUUACCGUGUCCGCUGGCACCACGCUCUACCAGAACCGCGCAUACAUCUCCUUACAGACAGCGUACGCGAUGAAUAGCUGCGGAUACGUCGGCGGAAAGCAUACCGGCGCUCUCCUGACCCUCGCUUCGACACAGGUCUACUCCAUCGGCAAUGAACUCGGUGCGUGUGUAGACGAUGGCCAUUUGUUCAACUUCGCAGACUUGCUUCCAAACCUACCGCAGAGCGCCUUCAGCGCUGUGCUUUUCGGCGGUGGCGAUAGCUGCGCUCAUCCAAAUGGCGUACCGUGGCCUGAUUCCUUCAACGGUGACUUCAUGAAUGGAGUUCCUCUGGAGGGUGACCCUUGUUAUGAUACUAUCGCCGAUUAUGCCUAUCGACCCACACUAGUGGUACCGACUCAGAUUAGACAGCUGGACCCUGCGUGGGCCACUUGUGCCGUUGCUUUGGAAGGUCUUUAUGAUCCACCCAAGGCACUCACGCCACAGGCUGCGGUAGCCACGCCUAUUGUAUCUUCAGUAGCAACACCAACGUCAGCAAGUCCCGCGAGCGGCCAAGUCACUCCUGGACCGACGCAGACGGCAGAUCCUGUAGUGUCGAAAGCGACCACCCAGCCAUCACCGGCGAGCAGUGUCGACCCUGGAGACCCUACUGCAUCUGCUUCUCAAACAGCGUCGAAUGCGCCAGAAGGUCCUUCUGCAGUAGCAAGCAGUGCAGGUAGUGCUGCACAAGGGGUUUCAGCAAGUGGUUCUGGUGGCAGUAGUGCUGAUCUUGGAGCCGCCGGCUCAAUCCUGAGUCAAGCUCUUGCAACAAGCUCGAACAAUGUUGGUGCGGGUGUAGGAGGUGCCGUGGCAUCAGUCAUUGGUGCAACCAAAAUUAUCUCAAAUGCCGACCCAUCGGACCCUGGCAGUACUAACGGAGCUGGAAGCGAUCCGAAAAGCAACAAUGGCGGGAAUACUGCAAUUGUCGAGGUGGGAUCAUCAAGCUUUAGCGUCAUCGCUACCAUUCAAGCCAGCGGCUCAUCUGCCGUCAUCAUUGUUGGCGGCGGAACGACCGUUACCCUUUCGCCUGGCCAAACAAGCUCUAUCGCCGAGGUGACUGUAAGUGCUGGGUCCAAUGGCGGUGCUGUCGUUGGGACGGGUGCGGCUGCGGCUACAGUCGGAGUGUCUACAAACCAAGGUGCUGGAGGUAGCUUGGCUGUGGUGCAAAGCGCCGCGGGAGCGAACAAUGGCGCUAUCUUGACCAUCGGCAGCAAUACCUUGACCGCUAUAGCAACCACGUUCACUGUUCUGGACGGUAAAGUGACCGCCGCUGCAGUCCUCGCUGGCAGCACCUUGUUACAGGGCGGCGCGCCGGCAACUAUAGAUGGCCAGGCUGUGUCCCUUGAGUCUGCUGGACUUGUGGUUGGCAGUUCGACUACACUCAAGCUAUCACCUCUACCUUCAGCUUCCGCAAUCAUAACCGGAGCAGCUGUGACGCUUGGGUCGACGACUUUGACGGCAUCCGAGAGGGUCGUCGAGGGUGCCGAUGGACAGCUGACAACCGAAGCGGUCAUAGCCGGGACCACGCUGCAAUUGAAUGGCGCAACAUCGAGUGUAUCUGGACAUAUCUUGUCGCUGGGUGCCAAGGGAAUCGUGGUCGACGGCUCUACAGCAGGACUCUCCGCCCUACCCGCCCCCACCCCUGCCACGAUUUCAGGUGCGCUCGUCACUUUGGGAUCGAGCAUCCAAACAGCCUCGGAGACGGUCGUGACUGGCAGCAACGGCCAGCUGACAACCUUGGCGGUGCUUGACGGUACGACGCUUCGGUCCGGCGGUCCUCCCUUUACCAUCUCUGGGCACGUCGUGUCACUCGGCGCUCAAGGUAUCGUCGUAGAUGGUACGCAGACGGACCACAUAUCAGAAUUACCUGUUUGCGUGACUGGAAAUGCACUAGCGACUUUCACCGAGCAUGGUCAAGUCUUUACCGCCACAUCGAUAUCUGGUCGGCUGGGAUGGUACAUCGUAGAUGGGCAGACGGUUUCUGUUGGUGGCCUGCCGGUGACCGUGGACGGGUUGUCGCUUACGGCGCAGGCCUCGGGUCUGAUCAUAGAUGGGACGCAGACGGUAUCGUCGUUCACUAGCAACAGCGGUUCGCCGGCUCAUCUGACGGCUGCAAAGGGUCCUUUGAUGACCAGUAGCAGUCAGCGAGGGCAGGUCACUGGCGAGGCGACAGCAACCUCGACAAGGAAGUCGGCAGCCCCAUCCGAUCGACGGUGGGAUGGAAGCAGUGCGACAUGGCUUACUACGGCCCUGAUAUGCUUCCUGGCGUGGAGAUCGUAG